CAGUAUAGUCGCUCCGUGUCAUUUUAUCGUUUGCUAUUCUCAGUUUACUUUCAUCAAGUCCUUGUAGAAACAAAAUAUGUUAACAACUUGUUUCUUCUUCAUAUGGAAGAAAUAACCAUUAAAAAGUAUAGCUUAUUAUUCGUUCAUAUCGUUACCAUAUCGUUAUUUUUAAUGGGCACUAUACAUUUGUAACAUUACUUUUGCACAAUUGUGCAAGAUUUAAAAAUAGAUCGGUUACAGAAUCACUGUCUGUCUACGUGUCCAUUAUUUGGAUCUAUGUCUUAUGACAAUUAUAACGUUAAAAUAAAUAAACUCUUUUUAAUUGCAUUGUGAUAUUUAACAUUUUUAAGUGAUAUACUUUUAUCAGAAAAAUAUGUUUAAUAAGCAAGUGUUCGUUUAAUUAAAAUUAUACAUCAUGUUGAAAUUAAUCUUUUUUAUUUGUAUCAUUAUACAAUGUUUAAUUAGUUCUUCGUUAGUUUUUUGCAAUCAUAAUAAUACUUCACAUCCUGAAAGUAAUGGAAUUGAAAACUUAAACAAUGACAUUAAUUUAGAUUCUAUAAAUAACAAUGAUUCUGAUGGAAACGAUAUGAAGCAAACAGAAGAUUACAUCGAUCCACAUUCUUUUUAUUAUGAUAGACGUAAAAAACAAAUAAUAAAAGAUACAAAAAUAUUUUCGAGAGAGCAAAAUACAAAAUCUAAUCAAGUAGAAUUAUUAAAAGAAAGUAAUGAAAAUUGUGAGGCAGUGAAAAUAUAUUAUAAGCGUUUGAUUAUGAAGUUACUCUUAAUUUCUAAGUUGAAGAAUGACGAUGAUAAUGAUGAUGAUGAUGAUACGUUAAAGGGACAAUUAUUUGUAAAAGGAACAAGAGCGCAAAUCGAAACACUUAGAAAAAUAGAAACUGAUAAUUAUUCUUUGAAAGAAAUUGAUAUAAUCUUGAGUAAAAUUUUAUUGGAGCCUUCAUUCUAUAAUAAUGUUUCUGAUAUGUUCGAUUUGUAUUGGAUUAGUCAGUCUGCAUUAAAAUUUAUUAGGAAUUACUAUGCAUAUACGAUUAUGGUUGCCUGUAGUAUACUGGGAAUCGUCAUAUUAUUCAAACAUAUGCCAUAUUUUUCUCCAUUAUUCAUUAUUAUCGUCGUGAUAAUAACAGUUAGCUUCUUCCAGACUUGGUGGCAACUAAUAACGGAAGCCGAGAUCAAAUUAGCGGCAUCACAAAUGAAAUACAUUGAAAUGCCUAUAAGUUGUCGGCCGAGCAAAAUGAAUUUGUGGGAGAAAAUAAACUCAUAUCUCUUUAAUGCCAUUGACUGUGAAAAAUAUUACGAAGCUAGAAUGAGUAAUCCAAUGUUGCAAGUAACACCUGCUAUGGCUUUUUCACACAUGGUAACCACAUUCCUAACGCAUCCAAUAUCUAUUAUUGGAACAACAAUGUCUCAGUUUAUAAGUAAUGCAACUGAUCACUUGCCUAUCUUUAUAAAAUACAUGGUACAAGUACUUUUAUAUAUAUUGUUACCUGUAUUCCUUUUGGUUGCUAUUUUUAUUUGUAGAGGAGGUUCUGUUAGAUUUGGAUUACCAUUUAUUUCUUCACUGUUGUCAUUUGAACAGACUUCAUUGCCUCCGAAUAGUGCUCAAAAGAGGCAGACAAUUGAGUUAAUUCGUGAGAUUUUUGCCGAAGUGCCUCCUAAUAUUCUACUAAAAAAUACUGAAAGUGUUAAAGCAGUGCUAUCGUCUGAUACUUUCGAAGAACAAAAAAAUAAUAGUCCUACGGAUAAUGCAGUCGAAGAAUCUUCUAAAUUAAGAUCAAUUGAAUUUGUAAAAAAAUUGGAUCAUGCUAGUGGUGAUUCAAAUAAAAAUAAUUUAUUUUCUGAAGAAACUGAAGAGGAAAGUGAAAAAUGCUUAAAAGAGCCUAAAAUCGAUACGGAGAAAUAUAUUGGAGGUGGCGAUGGUUAAUAUUUUAUCGUGAAAUAUAUUUUUUAUUGUUUAAGCUUGAAUACUUGUUAAGUUAAUUUUAACCACUUGCGGUGCAAAGAAAUUCACGGUUGCGCGUGCCAGAAUGGUCGAGUGCAAAUCACUUCGGGGCGCAAAUAAUAUCAUUGGCUUCACUAUCACUUUCCAUUGUACAGUCUAAGAUCAAUAUUUAUAAUUUUACACGAUGAAGUGCAAGCAGAAACUGUGUCUCGGUAAAGAAUUUCAUUAACAGUUGACGUGCCACGCACGUCAUUUUUCUUUCUGGAACAAUCGCCUGACGACGUGUGUAACACGUUCCGAUAACAGAAGCAUCUCGACGCACGUGGCACGUCUUUCCAGCGCAAGUGGUUAAGGAAAUAUUUUUAAAACCAUGCAUUAAAAAAUAUAACAAGUAAAAAAUGAUUGUGUAUUUAUAUAAUGAUUACGAAAAUCACUCUUGAAAUAAUUUUUUAUAUUGAGCAAUUAAAAGCAUAUUUGUGAUUAUGGACAAUGUGUGUGCUUUCUCUGUAACCAUAUUAGUUUGAUAUUUCAAUUGAAUAAAUAGAUUUUUCUGAAAAGAA